GAGAGGCAUGCUGGGAGUUGUAGUUUUCUGGACACACGAGACGGGAGAAGCGGCUGCCUGGGUGCCUCCAGCUCCCCCGCCUUCAUUUCCCAUCGUGCUGAGGCGGGUGGCAUGGCGGAGAAGGAUGACACCGGAGUUUGACGAAGAGGUGGUUUUUGAGAAUUCUCCACUUUACCAGUACUUACAGGAUCUGGGACACACAGACUUUGAAAUAUGUUCUUCUCUGUCACCAAAAGCAGAAAAAUGCACAGUGGCAGAGGGACAACAAAAGUCCCCUACAAGAGCCCUGCCAAAACGAGGCAUCCUGAUAAAAGUGGCUGAAACCUUCAAAAGUUGGAUUUUUUCUCAUUGCAAUAAGAAAGAUGAUUUACUUCACAAAUUGGAUAUUGGAUUCCGACUCGACUCACUAUAUACCAUCCUGCAACAGGAAGUCCUGUUACAAGAGGAUGUGGAGCUGAUUGAGCUACUUGAUCCCAGUAUCCUGUCUGCAGGGCAACCUCAACAACAGGAAAAUGGACACCUUCCAACACUUCGCUCCCUGGCAACCCCUAAUAUUUGGGAUGUCUCAAUGCUAUUUGCCUUCAUUAGUUUGCUUAUUAUGCUUCCCACUUGGUGGAUUGUCUCUUCCUGGCUGGUAUGGGGAGUGAUUCUAUUUGUUUAUCUGAUCAUAAGAGCUCUGAGAUUAUGGAGGACAGCCAAACUACAAUUAACCCUAAAAAAAUGCAAUGGCCAUUUGGAAAAUGCAGCAGCAAAUAGCCGAGCUUUUACUAAUCUUGUGAGAAAAGCUUUACGUCUCAUUCAAGAAACUGAAGUCAUUUCCAGAGGAUUUACACUUUUGCUUGACAGGGUCAGUGCUGCUUGCCCAUUUAAUAAAGCUGGACAGCAUCCCAGUCAGCAUCUCAUCGGUCUUCGGAAAGCUGUCUACAGAACUGUAAGAGCCAACUUUCAAGCAGCAAGGCUGGCUACCCUAUAUAUGCUGAAAAACUACCCCCUGAACUCUGAGAGUGACAAUGUAACCAACUACAUCUGUGUGGUGCCUUUUAAGGAGCUGGGCCUUGGACUUAGUGAAGAGCAGAUUUCAGAAGAGGAAGCACAUAACCUUACAGAUGGUUUCAGCCUGCCUGCAUUGAAGGUUUUGUUCCAACUCUGGGUAGCACAGAGCUCAGAGUUCUUCAGACGGUUAGCCCUAUUACUUUCUACAGCUAAUGCCCCUCCUGGGCCCUUACUUACUCCAGCACUUUUGCCUCAUCAUAUUUUAUCUGAUGUGACUCAGGGUCUACCUCAUGCUCAUUCUGCCUGCUUGGAAGAACUUAAGCGCAGCUAUGAGUUUUAUCGAUACUUUGAAACUCAGCACCAGUCAGUACCCCAGCGUUUAUGCAAAACUCAACAGAAGUCAAGAGAACUGAAUAAUGUUCAUACAGCAGUACGCAGUUUGCAGCUCCAUCUGAAAGCAUUACUGAAUGAGGUAAUAAUUCUUGAAGAUGAACUUGAAAAGCUUGUUUGUACUAAAGAAACACAAGAACUAGUGUCAGAAGCUUAUCAAAUCCUGGAACAGAAAUUAAAGUUGAUUCAGCCCCAUGUUCAAGCAAGCAACAAUUGCUGGGAAGAGGCCAUUUCUCAAGUGGACAAACUGCUACGAAGAAAUACAGAUAUAAAAGGCAAACCUGAAAUAGCAUGUGAAAGCCCACGCUGUACUGUGGUACCUGUGCUGCAGCCUACUCUACACAUUGCAGACAAAGAUCCAAUCCCUGAGGAGCAGGAAUUAGAAGCUUAUGUAGAUGAUUUAGAUAUGGACAGUGAUUUAAGAAAGGAUGAUUUUUAUUACUUGUCUCAAGAAGACAGAGAGAGACAGAAGCGUGAGCAUGAAGAAUCCAAGAGGGUACUCCAAGAAUUAAAAUCUGUGCUGGGAUUCAAAGCAUCAGAGGCAGAAAGGCAGAAGUGGAAGCAACUUCUAUUUAGUGAUCACGCUGUGUUGAAAUCCUUGUCUCCUGUAGACCCAAUGGAACCCAUAAGUAAUUCAGAACCAUCAAUGGAUUCAGAUAUGGGGAAAGUUGGUAAAAAUGAUAUUGAAGAAGAAAGUAGUAAACCCUCCAUAACUGAUGAUGAAAUAUGUAGUAGGACUGAGUAUUUGUGUGAAAACCCUCUAGAUGGUAAAAAUAAAGACAAUUUUACACAUGAAGGCUUCCUGCAAGGAGCUGAAAAAAGAGCGUGUCUGUGGGAAAGUGAAGAUGACUCUCAGCAGGCAGAUGGUGGUGACCUGAUCGCUGCCCAUCCAGUUCCCAGGGACUCACCACAGCCCUCCAUCAGGCAGAGGCUGGCGCGGCUGCAGCUGUCACCGGAUUUUUCCUUCACUGCUGGUCUCGCUGCCGAAGUGGCUGCUCGGUCUCUGUCCUUUACCGCUAUGCAGGAACAGACUUUUGGUGACGAGGAGGAAGAUCAGUUAGAAGAAAAUACAAGUGAGGUAGAAGAAAAAGAAGAACCAAGAUUUACAUGAAGGAUUUUAAAUUAUUCCUUUUAUGAAAGUGUUUUUUAGCUUCAAGACUAGAUAUUCCACUGGAAAGGGAAAAUGAGUGUAAGUUUAUUAUAUAUAAAGCUAAGGUAUGAUUUUACAGGAAGAAUCUGGUUUAAACAACUGAUCUGAAAAUAGUAAUUACCUGUAUGGCAGAUCUUUUAGGACAAUAAGAGAAAGGUAAGGGCUCUUAUGAAUAAUUGCUGUUUUACUUGCAGCACAACUGAUCAGUUUUGGAAAUUCUUUAAGUACUUUUCAUAACAAGUGAAUUUAUCAUUUCUUGCCAGAAUUUGCUAUCACAAAAUGACUGGGAUAAUUCUGUCGCAAGAACAUAUGACUCUUUUUUACUGUUUUCUCACAGUUAAUAACUGCAGUUGUUAUGUUAAUAACAAGUUGUUUGUAUUUUACUUUGUUUAUACCACGUCUUAAAACAAAGAUACAGGUUCUAAAUAAAAUAAAAAAAAAGAUCUCAUGCAAUUGAUGUGUACUGAGGUUUGGAACUAAAAAAUAGUUUUAUUUUAAAGGUACUUGGGUUAUGACAUGUUUCUUAUGUUUUCCUUGUUAAUGUGUAUUCAGCAGUUAAUUUUAAGAUUUUCUGAUGUUUUUUAAAGCGUGCCAUUUUAAGCAUUAUCCUUUUACAUUUUUGUGUGUUUACCUUUUUCUGUUUUCAUUGCAAUCAGAAGAGCUGAUUUCAAAGUGGGAUCCCUGUGGUCCAAGACCUCAUCCCCAACUUUGCAGAAAGUUCUUUUUAUCAGUUCGUCUAGAUAAGCAGGCCACCAUGCUGCUGAUUUCUUGCUUUAGGCUAUCCCCUCUCCACCUGAAUAAGAUUCUGGAAACAUCCUGUCAGCUUCCUGGAAAGCAUCCUUGCCUCCUUAAUACUUAAUACUUCAUUUACAAACUACCUCUUAAAAGAGGUUGCUUUCCAAAUUAUACAGUAGCAUCUGUUUUGUGUUGUGAUUGCAUUUUAUUUAUUUAUUUGCUUUUAUUGAUUUGAGAGAGAGAGAGGAAGGGAGAGAAAGAGAGAAACAUUGAUUUGUUGUUCCACUUAUUCAUGCAUUCACUGGUUGAUACUUGUACGUGCACUGACAGGAGAUCAGAUCCACAACGUUGGCUUAUCGGGGUGACACUCUAACCAAUUGAGCUGCCCUGCCAGGGCCAUGAUUGCAUUUUCAAAGAGUGAUAUUUUCAGGAGUAUAUUGUGUUUUGAAACCUAUAGCUUCCAUGCACUGACAUAGUGUGUAGAUGUUAUUUGGGGAAAAUGUAGCGAUAAUUCAAUUUAUGCUGCUGCCCUAGAAAGAAAAUUACAUAAUGAAUCUAAAUUAUCUUUAGAGUUAAGAAGCACAUGCAGACUCCUACAACUUAGCACUUAGAGUAAAUUUUCAUACUAAAGGGUUUAUGGGUUUUUUUCAAUAAUCUAAAGAAAUUUAUUUUUUAUCCUGAGGAAAAACUUGUUUCUGCUUUACUUGAAUGGUAGAGAUCCUUUGUAUUAUACGUUAUUCUGCCAGUUGCCAAAAAUUCUGUGACAUCCAUAUUUAAGCUCUUAGGAGCAGUUCCUAAGAGUAGGCCUAGUUUACAACUCAGAAAUAGUAAUAACAUUUAGAGUUUACUUUCUUUUCUUUAAUCCUAGCCUGAGGAUAUGCUUCAUAGAUUUUAGAGAGAGCGGAGAGAGGAGUGGGAGAGCGAUAAAUAUCCAUUGGCUGCCUCCCAAAGGUGCCCAACCAGGGAUCAAACCCUUAGUCUAGGUGUGUGCCCUGACCAGGAAUCGAACCUGCAACCUUUCAGUGUAUGGGACAACGCUUCAACCAACUACGCCGCCCAGCCAGGGCAAGUUUACUUUCUUUUUAAAUUAGUUUGUAAACUCCUUUUUUCCUUGGAUUUAGAAGAAAUAACUAAGGAAAAAUUUGAUAAUCUUUCUCUUAAUCUAUAAUCUUACACAGGAAGAAUUCGAGAUUAAUACUUUUUAAUUUUGUUAUAUUUUGUUUUUUAUUACACCAGUGUGGGAAAAAAUAUCUUCAUAAUAUUCUACCAGUUUUAUUCAAUGCUCUCUAAGGGGAUACUUUUUAAAUGUGAAGGGCUAAUUUAAUCAAGAAUUUGUAACCUUCGCCCUGGAUAGAGCGUCAACCUGCGGACUAAAGGGUCCCAGGUUUGAUUCCAGUCAGGGGCACAUGCCUAGGUUGUGGGCUCAAGCCACAGUGGGGGUGUGCAGGAGGUAGCCAAUCAAUUAUUCUCUCUCAUCAUUGAUGUUUCUAUCUCUCCUCCUCCCUUACUGUCUUAAAUCAAUAACAAUACAUUUUUUUAAAAAAAGAAUUUGUAAUUUUCCAGUCUGAUUUAUUUUAUUCACUAGUUAAUUAGUUCAGUGAAAAUUUUGCUUGGUGAAAUCAUGAUAUAAGGAUCUUAAAAUUUUAAUUUAAUGUUUUUUUGGUGUGUGUAAUUUUCAAAUUUUCUUUCAUCUUUUAAAAUAUUUUCAAGAUAAGAUAUUAUCUUUCCUGUGAAAAUUACUAACUUAUAAUAAUCUAGAAGUCAGUGUUUCUCCAUUUUUUCAUGGGGCACCUAUAAUAGAAUAAAUUGGACGUCUUAUUUUUCAAAUGCAGACAUAGAACCAGCCUCCCAAUUAUUCUUAGUUAUUUUGGAAUAAGACCUAGGUGGUGUUUAUGCCCAGUAAAAAUCUAAGAACCUCUAUGUUAGACUUUAUGCUUCCUUCCAAUGAAUACCUGAAGAAGUAAAAUACGCCAAUGUAAUAUAAGUAGAUAUCCUUGUUUGUUACUUUUCUGAGAAUAUUUCACUUUGUCUUAUUAGGCUCUUGACUAGUUUUAAUAGCUGCUAACCCACAUACAAAAGAAACCCUGUGGGGAAAAUAUUUUGUGGGGAAAAUUUGUAAUUGUGCUUUCCAAUUUUAACAAUAAUAUUUUGACAGGAUAAUUCUUAUUAGGAGUAAUAUCCUAACAGCUUUUAUCUUUUCUAUUUUUAAAUAUGAUAUGUUUUCAUUGAUUUUUAGAGAAUAAGGGAGGGAAGGAGAGAGAAAGAGAGAGAGAGAGAGAGAGAGAGACAGACAGACAUCCACCGGCUGCUUCCCGCACACCCUCCCACUGGAGAUCGAGGCCGCAACCUGGAAUCAAACUAGCAGCCUUUCGGUUGAUGGGACAGCACUCAACCAACUGAGCCACACCUUACCAGGGCUGACAGCUUUUAAUACAAACAUUUCCAUAGUUUGUUUUAAACCUAGUAUUUAAUGCAAGGAUGUUUUUAAAAAAACUAUUUAAGUCAGUCUUGAAGACAGAAUUUUUAUGCUUUGUCUAUAGUUAGGAAAAUCAUGACAAUAAAUGAUCUGGUGACAAUUAUAUCUUAAAUUAUUUUCUUUCAGCUUUCAUUAAAACUACAUAUCUGGUCUGACUAGUGCCAGACUCUUCCUAGUGUUCAAUUUGUGGUCCUCUGCUUAUAUUCACAAGUUUUCUCUAUUAUCUGACUUCAUAAGUUAAGUCCUCUUAAAGUCUAAUUGUACUUACAAUAUCUGAAUAUACUUUAUUGGGAAAUAAUACAUUGACUCAAGUUUGAAGUUAUGGGAGACAAGCAGGUCAAAAGAAACAUAUUUAAGACCAAUUAGUAAGGAAAUUUAAGAAUAUUGGCUUAAGUGUUUAAUGCAGAAGGAUAAGCCUGAGUUUAAAUCACAGAUCCAUCAUUUAAAAGCUGUGGAUACAGCUAACUUAAUAACUUCACAGGAAGUUUUUCCAGCAAAACCCAAAUCUCUAGAUUGCUAAAUGAUGUUUGUGAUUCUGACUUCUCAGAAGUAUUUAAAAGUAAAACUAUUGAGGCUAAAAAAAAAAAAAAAACAAGAUCUGGUCAUAAAUAUAUUUGUAAAAUAAGUCAAAAAUUAAAAGUUCAGUUUUCAUUAAAAAAAUAGUAAUUCUGAUUCACAUAAUAAAAGUGGUAAAGCUUUUAAUAUUAAAGCAUAAAAAGAUUCAAGUUCAUCUACAUUUCACAAAAUUAUAAAUCAAGUGUUAAGGGAUCUUGGAGGUCAUUUCACUCUGGUGACUUAUACCCCAUCACUACUGUAAAAUAUGAAAUAUUUUGAUACAUUAUUGAGAAAUCAUGUGGGAAGGAAGGCUCAGUUGAUUUGUAUUAAUCAUCGUGUAUUGUUUCUUUACCUAAACAAAACAAGGAAACAGGAACUAAAUACCAUAAGAUUGGUAUAGCUCAGCCAACUCAUUAUUUGAAUUAAAGUAGGUAUCAUGCCAUGAAUGACAACUAGACAAAGCAUAAAAUAAAAGUUGAUUUAUUCUCUCAGUUAUAUUUAUAAGAACAUAUCUGUGCAAUUUACAUUAUAUUAGAAAAUAAAGCUAUAAAUAUUUUAGAGGAAAAAAUAUGAGGAAAUACCCUAAGUAUAGUAACAGUUGAUUUAUCUGUAAUCAUUGAUGAUAACUAACUUGUAUAAGUUAAUUUUUUGGGUAACUGAGGCAAAUCCAUUUAAUAAACUUUUUUAACAGUACAGUGUGAAAUUUUCUACAAUGUACUUUCUACUUCUCUUUUAGUAUAUAAUUUUAACUUUUUUUUUGUCAUCUUUAAGAACAUCAAUUAUGGAGUGGUAAUCAGAAACUCGCCCUCAGGAGGCUCCUGAGACAUAUAAUGCCCCUUUCCUGCAUGGUCCUGUAUUGCUAUGCUUUUGAGUCAUGUUUGUUUUUCACAGUUUCUCUGUUUUCCCGUAUAAUCAGCUGUCACUUUUUGCUCCUGUCUUCUGUGCCUGCAUCCUGCACUAGCCCCUAAUUUGCUGCUUCUAAUCUGCUGUGGACUGGGAAACCAGAUUGCCAAGCUUGCUAGAAUUGUGUCUAAAAUAAGAGUAAGUAGACUGAAAGAAGGCUAAGGGGCUUUUCUGUCAGUGGCGUGCAUGGACUUUAUGGAACCUGUUUGGCUGCUUAGCAUACUUUUGUUUGCCUCUUAGUUCUUUACUAAACUUGCUAAAAACAUUUGGUUGUAUAUGUGAUUGCCAUAUAUUUGAAGUAUUAAUUCAUUUUUAUAUAUUGAUAUUUCUAGGACUCUCCAUUAAUGAAUUAAGCUCUGAAAGAAAAUUUUACUAACAUCCUUGCAUAAAUUGUGUAUAUUUUAGGACAAUGUUAAACAUUUUGUUCUUAGUUGUUCUUAGUAUAGUGUAUAGACUUAAAACAUACAGCACUGUAAACGUGCUUUCAACUCUGUUCAUCAAGAUUUAUAUUCUAGAACUAUUGGUUUGAGACUAAACAUGCAUGGGUAAUUUAGUAGAAUUACCCGUGAACUGGGUUUCUGAAUUUUGGGGGAAUGAGUCAUUCUUUAUACCCCAGUUUUCUAUAGCGCUUAAAUUAAGCAUUAAAAUUUUUUGAAAUAGGUGUUGAAGGGAAUCUUUAAAACUUAAUAUGCAUUGCUAUCCUCUUAAACAAUAUAUGAAAUGCAUUUUAUUUAAUCUUUUUUGAUGUCAAAAUGGUCAUUAUUAACAGUAGUUAAUUAUGCUGUGAUAAACUAAUUAGGCAUUGAGAGCUAUAUACCCUUUACCAAAUGGCUCCAUUCUGCUGUGCUUUCUUCAUUUUGUUGUCUUUGUUUUUUAAUAGUUCUAAUUUCUCCAGUUUAUAUUACUGCUUGCUUAAGUGUGCCUUUUUCCAUCCUCAUAGUUCCCCUUCUAGUCUGCUUGGUUUUGAAAACAAGGUGGCUAAGACUGCUAGAAUAAUGUAGGAAGUAAGAGUAAAUUGACUCAGUAAAGACCCCAAAAACUGGAUUAUACUAACUGCAUGAAUUUUGUAACAUCUAUUACUUUAGUACCUAUUUCAUUUCUAUCCUGAAAAUAAGUGAAGUUACAAUCAGUACCUUUUCUCAAAGUAGUAGAGCUUUCAUUGUACAAAAGGAACCAUUUUGUUUUUAUACUUUACCUUCUCUGUAUUUUUAUCCUCUAAUUUUUUUAUUCCUAUUAAAACCAGUCCAUUCAAAUGACCAUUUUCUACAGUACUUUCUCUUUGAUCUGGAUAUCAUAUGCUGCUAAGAAUUUCUUUGGUGAGGUUUUUUUUUUAAUGUUGUUUAAUUUUUAUUUUUAGAGAAGUAUAUCUUCAUUUCCAAAACAUGAAGUAGGUUGAGCCCUGGAAAAUAAGAAAACUUUUAUUAUUGAUAUCACAGAAGACAAUAUCUUUAUUUUCAUACAAUUAAUUGUAUGUUAAAAUCUUGCCAAAAGUUAUCAAUGUUAGAAUGAUAUUACAGAUAUUUGAAUGACUAAAUUCCCAGUGUAAUUCUAUAUUUUGCAUGUUUAAAUUAUUAUUUAAUGUGUUAAGUAAUCAAGCAUGAUAAUUUCUCUCUUGAAUGAAAAAUAAAUAUGAAUGUGCAUGUUAUAAUGUUUGUAAGUAAAAUUCAAAUCUGUCUAGAAGGGGGUAUUCUAGCAUCUAACAGCUUAGUUUUACCAACAGGCCGAUUGUGUUUAAGUAAUCAUAUGUUAAAAACAGUCUGCUUAUUUUAUGGUCGUGCCCCAUAGUCAGCUUUCCAUUAUUCAUGCUAUUGGAAGGGAAUUAUGGCACAACAGUUAUUAAAAAACAGAUAAUCUAAACAGUUUCUUGAGUUGAGACUGCUAUUACAGAAUAGGUAGUCAGGUGCCAAACUUGGAUUGGUGGUACAAGGAGAAAAUUUCUCCUUAAGUAUAGUUAUGGGAUAAAAGUGAUUGUACUCAUUGUAAUUGCCUAAACCAAAAAAAAAAAAAAGAAAAUGGAUAUGAAUACAAGAUCCACAUAGUCCACAUAUACAAAAACUUAGCAUGAAUGAGUUGAUUUUAUGAAUAUCCUAAAAUGUGUGAUGAAUUGAAGUGCAAAUGGUAUUUUUAAUGCUAUAUUUUAAUUGUCAGCAGUUAAAUUUGUUUCUUUCAUUCCCAUUUACUGAAUUCCAUUUGGCACAUAUCAAACAUGUUAUUGCAAUAGGACAGUGUUUAACUUGUGUGUACUUCUAAUUGCACUUUAAAAGUGGGUAUAUUCUAUGAAAUAUUAUUGUAGAAAUAGAUAUUUCCUCUCAUGUUUGUAUCUUAAGUUUCUCAAAAUAUAUUACUAUAAGUUUAUUCUUUUAUAAUAUCCUUUUCCUCCCAAGAAAGUUUUAAAUUAACUCCAUUUCUUAAAGAAUUUUCUGCACUUAUAUUAUACCAACCUGUAGUACCUUCUAUUCAUACUAUGACUUAAGUAAUGCUCACUCAGGCACAGGAGUAACAUUCUGAUUCACAUAAUAAAAGUGGUAAAGCUUUUAAAAAUGGCAACAUGCAGAAAGCUCCAGAACUGUUCCUUAAAAGGUUGGCAUGUGGUCCUCAGACAGCCCUGAAGGUCCACAUGAGUGAAAAGCCUAGACGUCUGAGCUGAAAGCACUCCCAAGGAGUUUGGUUUUGUUUGGGUUUGUUCUAGGUAUGGUCCCAGGGAUCCCAGAUCAAACCAGGCCCCUGGGCCUAUCCUAGAACCAACCUAAACUCGCGCAUCAUUCCUGGACCAUCAAGAGUAUGAAGACUGAAGAUAACCUGAGGUUUCUGAGACAUCCUACAUCCAUCAGGACUCACUUUUUUGUAUGUGUGCCUACAUUUUAGCAAGAAUUGAUUGGUUAAUCCUUCUAAAAUUAAAGGGAUGGGAAUGGAUAACAAAAUAAAGCAUUACUAGACAUUGACAUAGUCAUUUGUCACAAUAGAAAAGUGAUAUGUAAUAUUGUUAAUAAUUGCCAAUGAGGAGAACUGUACUUGUAGCUUUUAUUAUUGGAUUGGAUCUCUAUUUUUAGGUUAAGCAACUUAGCCACCAAAAGACAUUCUCUCCCAAAUUAAUUAUUUGUUUCUGUUUUUCUCAGAGUUUCUACUCAAUAUCAGUCUUAUUUAACUAAUUGUUCAUAGUUUCUGAAAGGAUUGGUCUUUGCCUCUGGCUCCAGUGCUAGUAAUUUUAAACUCUUAUUUUGGAGACUGCCUUUUUCUUUUACUCUUUUGGAUCUACCACAUUGCUCUAAACUCGCUUUUUGAGGUUCAGAUCUGGAAAGAAACGUAGCAUCAUUUGUAGACACACCAUCCCUUGUGGGAUGCAUUGCAGGUUGCAUUGCAGAAUCUGCUGUUGUUGAUGAAAACAAGCUAGGGUGACAGAGUGGAAAUAGGCUAAUAGGUCACAUUUUACAAAGGUGUUUUGUCAAAUAGUAUGUUCCUUGAUUUUUCAUUCCCUGCUACUCUGGAUUUUUAAAGUAUUCUGACCUCGUUGACUCAUUGCAUGGUCUUACAUCAUAACUGUGACAUUGCUAUAGCCACAUACAUGUUUUUGUUUAAUUUGGAGGACAGGGUGUUGGAAAAGGAUUGAAAUGGCCCCAAAUCCAAAGGGUUAUGAUACACAUUGAAAAUGUAUACUUUGGGUAAUACUGGCAUUUCUAUAGGUUUAGACCCUGUUUGAAAUAAUUGCUGACUAAUCAAGGACUCCACAUGUGAAAGGAGCUAAAAAAUGUACUAUUUGUCCAAGCCCAGUCACAUCAGAAAAAUUGGGUCAAUGGUUAUUCUUUAAAAUAGGACUGACUCAUUCUGAAGAACUCAACCCUACAAUUAGUUCUGUACUACAUUCAUUACAGAGAUGCUUCAUCCCAUGAAUUCUAUUAUUUUUUGCCUGGUAAAUUGUGUAUAUAUAUAUUUUUUUCACUCUUCUUUCUCAUGUUUUCCUUUUUGCACAGUGUUUUCCUGUUUGCAUAAAUCAAAACACUAUACAUGUUACUAUGUGUAUAUUUCUUUUGAUAAACAGACUGGAUGGAAUGAUCUUUGGAUUUUGAUUCCUUUUAAAUCCACGUGAUUUAAAUGCUCUGUCUUAUAAAUUCACUUUUAAUUUAUACUUCAAUUCUUCUCAUUCAUAUUUAUCUAAUGAACUAUGUAGAAUUACAUAGGUGAGCCUUAUAUAUGGAUUCAUGUAGAAUUUAUAACUUUUUGUAUUCACCUAAAUACGAAAAUGUUGUAACAUCAGUAAUCUUGUAUCAAUGCACGGAUCUGUGAGCAUAUUUAACUUUAUUUCUUAACAUAGUCAGAAGUGUGUGAACCCAUCUUAUGUGUGUGUACAAUGUGCUCUCAGUGUGUGGGGGCCUUUGCACUCUCUCUUUUAACAUUGUUAAAUGUGAACCCUGCAAAUGGGAAAGUUAUGAACCAUCUUACAGAGUUCAGGCUUGUUAACCCAGUAAGUUUCUAAAGUCGGCCUUCGCUUCAUAUACUUUGAGAGUGUUAGGUAUUUUCUUUUAAUAUAAUUUGAGAAUAUUCUUUCAGAGAUAUUUUAAUUUUUACUUUUUGACUACUUAUGUUUUAUAUAGAACUACUUUACUCACCCUUCCUGAAAACUUGAGAUUAUAAUUUUUAACACAAUACUUUCUUUGAUAGAUUUAUGUAUUUUAUUCUAUUUCAUUUUUGUCAGCUCUUUUAAAAUACUUUAUAAGAACCCAAUAGUAGGUUUGUAUAUGUCUGUAUUAUUUUUGUUCCUCCUAAGCUUAAGAAGACCCUAAUAAAAUCUGUACUUCUUUGUA